AAUGUCCUGCACACAGCACCUGGAACCCGUGUGGCUCCGCAUGCCCGACAACUUGUGAGACUCUCGGGACGAACGUCAUUUGUCCGGAGAUCUGCGUUCCCGGCUGUACAUGUGAUGAUGGGUACGUGCUAAAGAACAGCAGCUGUGUCCUGCAGGAUCAAUGUGGGGAGACAGAAUGUCCUGCACACAGUAGUUGGGACUGGUGUGGAUUGGCGUGCCCGACAACAUGUGAGAAUCUCGGAACGAACGUCAUCUGUCCGAAGAUCUGCAUCGCCGGCUGCACAUGUGACGAUGGGUACGUGCUGAACAACGGCAGCUGUAUACCAGAGGACCAGUGUGAGGGGACAGAGCCCACUUCAGAACCACCAUGCCCACCCCACAGCGAGUGGAACGAGUGCGGGUCGGCUUGUCCCGCCACCUGUGCGGACCCCAGCUCCGCGCAGCCCUGCCUGGCCGUGUGCGCGCCCCGCUGCGUCUGUGUGGACGGAUACGUGCUGGACGACGGCGACUGCAUCCCUGUGGACCAGUGCAGCAGCGAUGGUUGUGACUAUGAAGGCGAGCAAUAUGAUGAUGGGGAUGAGUGGGCGGUGCGAGAUUCUCCAGGACUAGUCUGCCAGUGUGAGGGCACAGAGGUGGUUUGCUAUGUUAUUGACUGCGCACCUGGCUACAUACACGUCAUCGGGAGGAACGGGCUCUGGACAUGCCAGCGGCAAACACAGUGCCCGGAGGGAUAUUUACAUCGACCUGGAAGCUGCUACAAGCUGGUGACAACCCCGUCCAGUUACGGGGCCGCAGAACAGCAGUGUUUCCAGGACGGCUCUCAGCUGGUCACCGCCAAGACGAAGAAGACCUACGACUUGAUAAGGAGGGCGGCUGGGAGUGUUGCUGGUGGUGACGUGUGGAUCGGCUUGAGUGACAGGGUGACUGAAGGAACACUGAUCUGGAGCGAUGGCGACCCGUACAAGAGGAGGAAACGCAACAAGUUCUGGGCCAAGCGCGCUCUGCGACUGAACUUGCCGGGUAACGAUUGUGUCUACAUGAGUAGCGUUAGGAGGGAUAAGUACCGCUGGCGUUUCGGCAACUGUGACGAUGAGCGUAUGUUCAUCUGUGAGUUUGUGUUGUAAAUACAGUAGUGCCUCCUUAUGGUUGACAGCACUUACAGCAGUAAUCUUGAAUAUGGUUCGGCUUUACCCUGCAAAAUCGCUCCUGUAUUUGCUUCCCUACGCGAUGCAUUGGAUUUUUGUUGGCUUCUUAUAAAGUUGCUCAUGGGAAUUUUAUUAAUUUUAAAGUCAGACGCCAUUACAUUCAGCUAAUUCAGGAAAAUGACAGACAUUGUGUAUCUCGUUUUAUUUAUUUCUUUGCGCAAGUAUGAUAAUAUAAUAUAUAUAGUAAUAUAAUGAUUAUAUAGUCAAAGAAAUGUUGACAGUCAAAAGCAUGUUCAAGUGUAUGGAGUAUGCAGUGCCCGGAUUUAAUCGGUGCUAGACUGUCUCAAUACAUAGCCUGCAAGUUUUCACAUAGAUAUGUAAAACGAAAUAGUUCUAUAUCAUGCAAUUUUCUGUUACACCUUUGUUACAUUCUAUACAGCUAUGGUAUGUUGUGGCUAUGUCCAUGACUUUUCAUUCAGAAUGCUGCAAUUUUACGAGUAUACUCGCUCUGAACGUACUUGUAAAAUAAAACGGGUUUGUACACUUCUUUAAGUUGACAGAUUAUCAAGAGGGUCAGGCUUGUAAUUUUUCAAUUAAGUUACGUAGAAAUGAUAUGCGGUUACUGUCUAUUCAAAAACUUAAAAGCAAUGGCUUUUGCUUAGUCAAUAAACAAAUGCUGUAAAAAUGAA